GAGCUCAGCCCCCCGAGCCAGGCGGCUGAAGCGCUGUUUAGGACGCGCUGAAGCACCGGGCGCAAGCAAGCGGAGGAGCAGCGGCCCGUCUUCCGCAGCCAGGCGGGGCCGCGCUACCGGGUCCCGCCGCUCUUCCGCGGGCAACCAUGACAGUUUCCUGUCUCGUCCAGCUUCGUUUGGUUAGGUGCUGUUGGACCCUACCAAGAUGGCAGAUGAAUGGCCAUAAGAGAUCCUUGGCAGUGUGGACCAGUGCUACUGCUCAGUGGACACUUAAGCAGAAGAAACUAGUAGAGCUAUACAGGAUACCAGUGUCCAGGCCAUCUGUCCUAUCAGGCACCAGUCUGCUGGGCAAGCGAGCUCUCUCUACAGCCUCCAGCAGCCCCAAGGAAGUGAUGCUGACUAGUGAGCGGUAUGGUGUGCAGAGGCUGCCCUUCUCUCAUGUUUCUGAUAGUGAUAUAGCUUUUUUCGAGCACCUUAUACCUGGUAGAGUCAUCACAGACCCAGAUGAAUUACGACUGUUUAAUGUGGACUGGCUGCAGUCAGUCCGAGGCUGCAGUAAGAUGUUACUGAGGCCACGGACAGCAGCAGAGGUAUCUGAGAUUCUCAGGUAUUGUAACAAAAGGAAGUUGGCAGUAAACCCCCAAGGAGGUAACACGGGCCUUGUGGGCGGCAGCGUUCCUGUCUUUGAUGAGAUUAUUAUCUCCACAGCUCUGAUGAACCAGGUCAUCAGCUUCAACAGUGUGUCUGGAAUCCUUGUUUGCCAGGCUGGCUGUAUUUUAGAGAACCUGAACCAGUAUCUUGAGGAGCUGGACUUCCUCAUGCCACUUGACCUUGGAGCCAAAGGCAGCUGCCACAUUGGUGGUAAUGUGGCAACAAAUGCAGGAGGCCUGAGGCUGUUGAGGUACGGCUCUCUCCGAGGGACAGUUCUGGGACUGGAAGUGGUCCUGGCUGAUGGCUCCAUUCUGAACUGCUUGGCUUCUCUGCGGAAGGAUAAUACUGGCUAUGAUUUGAAGCAGCUUUUCAUUGGAUCAGAGGGGACUUUGGGGAUCAUUACUGCUGUCUCUAUCCUCUGUCCACGGAAACCCAAGUCUGUGAAUCUGGUCUUCUUAGGUUGUCAGAGUUUCUCUCAGGUUCUUGGAACUUUCACUACCUGCAAAGGCAUGCUGGGAGAGAUCCUGUCUGCAUACGAAUUCAUGGAUGACAAGUGCAUGAAAUUGGUUGAGAACCACCUCAAACUGUCCAAACCAGUGACAGGAAGCCCCUUUUAUAUUUUAAUUGAAACAUCAGGCUCCAAUUCUGCCCAUGAUGAAGAAAAGCUGAACAAUUUCUUGGAACAUGUCAUGGCCUCUGGUUUGGUGACCGAUGGGACUGUGGCCACAGAGAAUAAGAAAAUAAAGAUGUUGUGGUCUCUGAGGGAGCGGAUCACGGAGGCCCUAACUCAUGAUGGCUGUGUUUACAAAUAUGACCUCUCACUCCCUGUGGAGAGACUAUAUGACCUUGUGAUUGAUACCAGGGCUCGACUGGGCAAGACUGCCAAGAAUGUGGUUGGCUAUGGCCAUCUAGGAGACGGAAACCUGCACUUGAACAUCACAGCUGAGUCCUACAGCCAUUCCCUGCUGGAUGCCAUUGAGCCAUUUGUGUAUGAGUGGACUGCACAGUAUAAUGGCAGUAUCAGUGCAGAGCAUGGAUUGGGCUUCAAGAAGAAGCAUUACAUUCAAUACAGUAAGCCACAGGAGGCAGUCCUUCUGAUGCAGCAGGUCAAGGCCAUGUUGGACCCCAAAGGGAUUCUGAACCCUUACAAGACACUGCCAGCUAGUUCCUGAGAGCUUCGUUCUGCUGAGAAAUAGGUGUAUAUCCUGUUGUAUCGACUGUAUCUCUAGCUCAUAACUGCACUUUAGACACUGACAGACUGAACAACAAUUUUCAAAGCUGCUUUGCUCACUUUAUGACUGUACUGAAAUGGUAAAGGACUGCAAUUCCUCCUC